AUGGCGCCCGUAGGAGGACGAAAUGAAGUUCCGGACUCAGAAGACGAGCCUAUGACAUCUUCGCCUGUCGCAGUUUCAGAUGGUACCGCCGAUAAGCUUUUCGCGAUGGCGCAUGUUCUACCCCAAGACACCCAAGACGCGCCGCAAGAGGCUACGCGUCUUCACCAAGCAACUUCUGGGACCGUUGCCAAUGUGGCCGCGCAACGCACUGGUGGCUUGGACGCCGAUCAAAGCAUUGCUUCAAUCGACAUCGACGCGCCCACGGAUGAGCGAACUGACAUUCAGCCUACUGCUACUGUAGCUCCAUCGAACCAAACCGAUGAGGUCAGCAACAGUGUCGCAAAUGAUAUCCAUCGGGACAUUGCACCGCAUUUGGGUUCAGAGACUGAUGACAUGAGGCCAUCACAGCAUGCGACAAUGGCAGAUUAUGCGCGAAACAAUCAACAUAUGCAUGUCAGUGAUUUGACAGCUGGGCCUGAAACAGUGACAGCUCCCGCCGCUCAGCAAACAUCAGAAAUUGCUGGAGACGCGGUUCGGCCAGAGGUAACAACACCCAAGCAACAGCCUGAGACCGUGGACAACAAAGUCGCACCCGAAUGUACCAGUGAGCGUUCUUCAUGUCGAUCAUCGUAUGUAUCGGAAAACAUCAAUGAACCGGAAGGAGAGCCAGCACCCCAACAAGUGGAAGCAGACCUCGCGCAGCACAUUUCAUUUGCAGAUGAUCAGGUGAGUGCAGUUCGCUCGAACAAGCAGGGUGCUUCGCAGGAGGAUCCCAGUACACUCGUGACUUUACAGCAUGAUACGCCACUGCUUCCGGUGCCACCACCGUCGAGUGACUACAUAACUUCAAACGAGACUAUGGAUUCUGGGCACGUGAGCGAGACCACACGACCGACCGAGCAGGACGCAAUACAGCGCCUCAAGGACGAACUCUCAAAUAGCGGAUCUGGUGCGAAGCACGGAUUACAAAUUGUGCAGGUUGUUUCCGAGGACGUGCAUGAUAACACUAAUGACGAGGCUGCUGGACUGCGCACGGAACCUGAAGGCCAGAAGAAGGGAAUUGACCUGGAAAACGAAACACAACAAAACGUAUCGAUGUCGCUGAGCUCUUCUUCGGGGGUCGAUGUCGAAAGCCAUGGAGAUAUGAUCACAUCAAAGGACAACUCAGAUGAGGUUGACGCGGAUCGAUCCUUGACAAAACAGACAUCACAAGACCCAAGUCAGGCUCGUCUGGAGAUGUCAGACAUUCCAGCCUUCACCAAUGAGAUUACACUCGCCGAGCUCAAAGCGCAAAAGUCAGCAAUGCUAGCUUCUCUUGCGGCUCUUCCUGCGAUCCAAGUGCUCAUGGAAGAGAACGCAUCUGCUGAUGUCGAUAUGGCGGACGGUGAUGACGAGCCAACGGAAGCCGAUAUCAUGACCGCUGCAAACAAGAUUGUGAAAGACCACAUCAAGCUUUUGCAUGAGUACAACGAACUGAAGGACGUGGGGCAAGGACUGAUGGGCUUAAUCGCCGACCAGCGCGGGGUGAGAAUCAUUGAAGUGCAGGAAGAGUUCGGAAUCGAGGCUCAAGAUUAA